AUGCCGUCCUCCACCAGCGCCAACACGAACCAAAACGACCCCCUUCAGCACCCUCUGCAGGCCACUGCCAUGGCCAUCAAGGGUGCGGCUACCGGCGAAGGUCGCGCACCGCGCAUGAGCCACAUGGCCAGCGCAAACGAAGGGCCUGCCGACAUCAUUGGCAAAGUGUCGGGCGCCGUCCAGGGCGGCAAGCGCGAGGAUGACUCCCUCUACUUCACCACCACUGAGGGCAUUCCCUGGCCCGAUGCCGAGCACAGCAAGACCAUUGGCGGCAUUCCCGUGGCCAGUGAUGUCUUCUUGUUCCAGAAGCAGCAGCAUUUCAAUCGCUCCAAAAACCUUGAGCGCAUGGUACAUCCCUGUGGCUCCGGCGCGUUUGGCUUCUUCGAGUGCACAAAGAAUGUUACCGAUUUGACAAAAGCAAACUUCUUGUCGACCGUGGGCGAGAAGACGCCCAUUUUCGUUCGAUUCUCGACGGUAACUCCUGGACGUGAGUAUCCUGAUGAAGCUCGUAAUCCGCGAGGUUUCGCAAUCAAGUUCUACACCAUGGAGGGCAAUUACGACAUUGUCGGAUUGAACUUCCCAGUCUUCUUCUGCCGUGACCCCAUCCAAGGCCCUGACGUUAUCCGCUCCCAGUGGCGGAACCCUCAAAACUUCCUUUUCGAUUACGAUGCCAUCUUCGAUCUCCUGGGAAACACUCCCGAGGCCAACCACGCCGGCCUGAUGUUCUUCAGCGACCACGGAACUCCCGUAGGCUGGCGUUUCAACCACGGCUACGGCUGCCACACCUUCAAGUGGGUCAACAAAGAAGGGAGGUUUGUCUACAUCAAAUAUCACUUCAUCGCCAAGCACGGCCAAAAGCAAUUCACCCAGGAGGAAGCCACCAAGAUGUGCGGCGAAGACCCAGACUACUCGAAGCGCGACCUCUGGGAGACGAUUGAGGGGGGCGAGCAUCCCGAAUGGACGGCUUAUGUGCAAGUCAUGAAGCCCGAAGACGCUGACCCCGAGAAACUCGGUUUCGACCCCUUCGACGUGACCAAGGUCUGGCCACGGUCGCAAUUCCCCAUGCAAGAGUUUGGCCGCCUCGUCCUCAACAAGAAUCCAGAAAACUUCCACCGCGACGUCGAACAAGCUGCCUUCUCCCCUGGCAGCAUGGUCCCCGGUAUCGAAGACUCUCCCGACCCGCUCCUUCAGUUCCGCAUGUUCUUUUACCGCGACGCCCAGUUCCACCGUAUCGGCGUCAACCUGCAUCAAGUCCCUGUCAACUGCCCCUUCAUGGCGCAGUCCUACGCUCCUCUCGCCUUCGAUGGUCAAAUGCGCGUCGACGCCAACCAUGCCGGCAACAAGCCCUACGCACCCAACAGCUUCGCGCACAAGUUCCGCCCAGAUGUUGCUGAGGCGCCUUACCAAGUCAGCGACAACAUCCUGAGCCGCAAGAGCCACUACUGGCACGAGGGCAAGAAGAACGACUAUGAUCAAGCGAGAGAGCUCUGGCAGCGCGUCAUGUCGGAGCAGGAGAAGCAAAACACAAUCAAGAACACCGUCAAUAUGCUCAAAUUCGUCAAGUAUGACGACAUCAAGAAGAAAUACCUCGCCCAACAAUACAAUAUAUCCCCCGACCUAGCCCGCGGUCUUUACGAGGGACUCCCUGCCGACCGCAAAUCGUUUGAUUUCAGCGAGGUAGAAAAGCUGGCCGAGACAGCGCACGAGUGGUACAAGGAGAGAAAGUUCAGGCCCAGUCAAGGGGAGAGGCUGACGGGGUAUGCACCGCCUAUGUCGAUCUAUAAUCAAUAA